AUGAAAGACCUGCUCAAGAUUUCAGGCAUAUCAAUAAGUUCCAAGACACUUGCAGAAUUCCUCCAACAAAUAGAUGAGGCGGCACCCUGGUUCCUGCCGACGGGACAUUUGUCCCUGCCUUGUUGGGAGAAAUUGGGUAAAGAUUUAGAACGAGCAGAAGCGGAGUGCCGGCUUCCACUUUCGGUUCGGCCGCUCUGGGAGAUGAUUCAUUCCUGCCUCAAAGGGGAGAGGAACGGGGCUAAAGAUAGCGCGGACGGGCUCUCUCGGGCCCGCCGAGCUUUUGAGGGGGCCCGCUCGGAGUCCUCCCGGGAGGGAGAUCUAGUCAAGAUGCAGACAGACCUAAAAAAGGGAAAAGAACUCUUGAGCACUCCCCAACGGAAGGUCAUAGAGCCUUCCGCGCCACCCUGGGGGGUCCCAAACGCCAGUUCCUAUGGGGAGAUGGCAGCCUGGGGCCCACCUCCGUUGCCACCCCCAUGGAGGGAGUGGCCUGGACCGUUGUCACAUGCAGAGCCGCCAUCUUAUUUGCCUGGCGACCCGCCAUCUUGUGCCCUAAAGGCUGGUCGGCCAUGUUGUAAAGAGGCGCCAUUUUGUGAUAGGGAGAGACAGUCAUCUCACAGGGAGACACCAUCUUGUGAGAGAAUACCAAGGUCCCAAGAAAAGUACUUUCGUAGAUGGACAUUUAAGAUGGAACAAAUCCCCCAUGGGGCAAAUGAGUACGAACAAUGUGGGUUCUAUCCGGUACACCUGGCGCAAGGCCAGGGACCCAAUUACUGGGAACCACUGGAGAUUAAGCAAAUUAAGGAGCUCAAAACUGCGGUUGCCACGUUUGGCCCUACUGCUCCUUACACUAUAACAAUGUUGGAAAAUCUGUCCGCCGGUGGUUUCCUGACACCCAGUGAUUGGACCCAGUUGGCUAAAGCCUGCCUGGCCCCCGGGGCUUUUCUGGACUGGCGCGCCUGGUACACUGAGUUUGCUGCCGAGCAGGCCGAGAGAAAUGCGGCUAGGGGCCAUAGGGGACAAAAUGAGGACAUGCUUAUGGGUAAGGGUCAAUAUGCCCAAGAUCAAACCAGAUUCCCUCCAGGUGUAUAUGAACAAAUACACAACAUAGGUAUUCGUGCCUGGAAGCAGUUGAUCUUUGAGCAGUGCACCAAGGACUGCAGGGCAGCCAUAGCGCCCCACAAGGGUAAAGACAUAGAAGCUUGGAUCAAGAUUUGCAGAGAAAUAGGAGGGCCACUGUCCAACUCAGGCGUGGCUGCCCUUUUAGCUGCCGCUUUACGACAGACAAGGCCUCAGAAGGCUAAUGACCCUGGAAGAGAACCAUUGUGGGUUCCAGAACGGCUGACGCGCGUAGCGAAUCCAACGGAGCGCAAUGCAGGGGACACUCCAAAACUCAACGGCAACGAACAGCCCGGUCAAGAUCGGUCCGACCAGGAUACUGCUGCUCGACCGAGCGAUACCGGUACGGCGCAGCCAGAAUGGCUAGGCCACGCCGCCUCCCGGCAACCCCUUUCCUCCCGGCUCUGA